CACGCGCGCGGUAAGCGGUUCUCUCCUGGAUCAGUAGAUACAGUCUGACACGCUUCACGGAAAUAAGCCGAUGCAUGUGAAAUGCAUUCAGAGCGGCUUUGCUGUAACUAAAGACCAUGUCAGACAAUCGCUGCAAAUACUGGAUCCUCAUGGAGCGCAACUCCGGCGCCGGAAUCGUCUUCAGAGGCGUUUGUAUCAGAAUCCAGACUCCUGCCAGCUGACGCUGGACCCCAACACAGCAAACAGACACCUGUCUCUGUCAGGGGGGAACAGGAAGGUGACAUGGGGGGCAGAGGAGCAGCCAUAUCCUGAUCAUCCAGAGAGAUUUGACUUCUGGCCCCAAGUUCUGUGCAGAGUUAGUCUGACUGGCCGCUGCUACUGGGAGGCUGAGUGGGAUGGAGAUGGAGCCUGGAUAGGAGUGACUUAUAAAGGGAUCGAGAGGAAAGGAUGGAGUGACUGUCUGCUUGGAGACAAUGACAAGUCAUGGAGUCUGUACUGUUAUCCUGACAGUUACUGUGUCUGGCACAAUAAGAAACAGACUCUCAUACCCAUAGAGCCCUCAGGCUCCCGCAGAGUAGGAGUGUAUCUGGACUGGGGGGCUGGUGCUCUGUCCUUCUACAGAGUCUCCUCUGAUGGACUGACCCUCCUGUACAGAUUCACCUCCUCAUUCACUGAGCUCCUCUAUCCAGGGUUU